AUGGGUUGCGGAGCGUCAAAAGAAGACAAUGCCGGCAAGGCGAGAAACGAUGAGAUUGAAAACCAGCUCAAGCGCGACAAGCUUGCGCAACGGAAUGAGAUUAAGAUGCUGCUGCUCGGUGCUGGUGAAUCUGGCAAAUCGACCAUUCUCAAGCAGAUGAAACUGAUCCACGAGGGUGGCUACAUCCAUGCGGGUCAUCCUCGAGGCUAUGGAGUCGUUGGAGCUGCCAUUGGACGACCAACGGCUGAGUACCACGUCCAGACCAUCUUCAUGCAACCUCCUCAGAUUGAAGGCGAUGCUCUGCCACAAGAUGUUGGAGCCGCCAUCAAGGCGCUGUGGCAGGAUGUCGGUGUGCAGGAAUGUUUCAGACGGUCGCGGGAGUACCAGCUCAACGACUCGGCGAGAUACUACUUUGAUUCGAUCGACAGAAUUGCUGCUCACGACUACUUGCCCAACGACCAGGAUGUCCUCCGAUCUCGUGUUAAGACCACUGGUAUUACCGAGACUACCUUCAUUAUCCAAGACCUCACAUACCGCAUGUUCGAUGUCGGCGGCCAGCGAUCGGAACGAAAGAAGUGGAUUCACUGCUUCGAGAAUGUCACAACCAUACUCUUCCUGGUCGCCAUCUCGGAAUACGAUCAGCUGCUGUUCGAAGACGAGACGGUCAACCGCAUGCAGGAGGCCCUUACACUUUUCGACAGCAUCUGCAAUUCGAGAUGGUUCAUCAAGACUUCGAUUAUCUUGUUCUUGAACAAGAUCGAUCGAUUUAAGGAGAAGCUGCCCGUUAGCCCAAUGCAGAACUACUUCCCAGAUUACGAGGGCGGUCCCGAUUAUGCCGCGGCCUGCGACUACAUCCUCAACCGUUUCGUCUCGCUCAACCAGGCAGAGACUAAGCAGAUCUAUACGCACUUCACCUGUGCCACUGACACAACACAGAUUCGAUUCGUCAUGGGUGCCGUCAACGAUAUCAUCAUCCAAGAAAAUCUGAGAAUGUGCGGUCUGAUCUAG